AUGCCUUCAGAGAAAGACCGCCUUUAUGUUGCUUUGUACGCCCGCGGAGGGGCGCCGACUAUGCCCGGCCUAGAAGACACGUACCAUUGGGCUAUUAUAGUCGGACCGAAAUCAGAAUCAAGCACCAGCCGGGGCUCUCGCUUCCAUGCCAAGGAAAAACUGAGGUUUGUUGGCAAUCCACCGGUGGCACAAUCGGUGUGGCAAUAUGAGGAAUUGGAUAUUCCCAUGGUGCCGACUUCUAUGUUACUUGUACGUAUCAUGGUCGGCAAGGUUAAAAAUAUGAAUCGGCUGCGGUCGAUCUUCCAGCGCACACCGGUCCGACCCGACAUUGAAGGUUGGAAUUGCGUCGGAUGGGUUAAGGAGGCGUUAUUGACUGCAAUGCAGGAUGGGAGGGCAUUGGGGACAUCCGCCGGCGGAUGGCAGGAAGUGAGGGACACCGCAAUGUUCUAUGUUGAGAGCAAAAAGGAGGUUCAUCGCUUCGAUGGGACUAUUUAUUACGAUCCGGCACAAGUGGCAACUUGGGAUAUGUUGGAGGGGACGGAAUUGAUGCCUUAA